UCUCCCGUACAAACCAUCCCUUCGGUUCUUUGUUUUCUACAUUCUAGUUCCAAAUAUGGAGAAACCACAAGUUACAGAGAUUAAGGUUCGAAUUGACUGUAACGGGUGCGUUCAAAAAAUCAAGAAGGCUCUACACCGCAUUAAAGGCAUAGAAGAUAUCUAUAUUGACAUUCCUCAACAAAAACUGACGAUAAUCGGGUCCGCAGAUCCUGAAAAAAUUGUCAAGGCCAUCAAGAAAACAAGAAAACUUGCAACCAUUUGCUCAGAAACACAACCAUCCCCUCCAACCGAACCACCAUUCGAAGAUGAGGAACCUCCUUCGGACCCUUCAAACCCACCUCCAACAGAAACAGUUCCAACACCCGAACCAACUGAACCACCCAAAGAACCAGAAAAUCCACCUCAACCAGAACCCGAACCAGCACCACAAGCUCAAGAACCGCCAUCACCACAAAUUUCUCGAUCAAAAGAAACUGAAGAGGUUCACCUUGUCCACCACUACCCACCUGACCAUGCUCACAGACACAGUCAUGAACGAGCAUCAUCGAUGGAUCAUUACUCGAGUCCUGUAUACAAACACGAGCCACCACAAUCAAUCCAUGUGAACCACAGCUAUAAUACUUACAAGCCUACACCUUAUGUCACAAAUUAUAAAUACACCCGUUCACCUUCACAAUAUUCACAUUACACCCAACCCGAACCACCACAACAAUUCACACGUUACAACACACCCGAACCACCACCCCAACAAACACAUUAUAGUACCAGACAAGAACCACAACAUCAUUACACACAUUACAACAGACCAGAACCACCUCCACAACAAACACAUUAUACCAGACCUAAAUCACCACAACAUUACACACAUUACAGCACACCCGAACCACCGCCACAACAAACACAUUGUACCAGACCAGAACCAGAACCAACACCCCAACAAACACAAUAUACCAGACCAGAAUCACCACAACAUCAUUACACACAUUACAACAGACCCGAACCACCUCCAAAACAAACACACUAUACCAGAGCAGAACCACCACAACAUUACACACAUUACAGCAAACCAGAACCACCACCAAUGCAAUACACACGUUACCACAGACCCAAACUACCAUCACAAUACACACACUACAACGGACCAGAACCGUCACAGUCGUCGUACUCAAACUACGGCCGCUUAGAAUCACCACCACACUACACUAAUUACAAUGGUGAGUAUCACAGCAGUAGAAAUGGGAAUGGUAAUGUUACUUCAAUAUUCAGUGAUGAAAAUCCAAAUGCGUGUACAAUUGUCUAGAGGAAAGGCACACUUUUUUCUUUGGGGAGAAAGUUAAUGGAGAAUAAAAAGGUUGAUUAACAUGUGAUAGACGAUGAUUAUUAUCAUUAUGAUGAUGAAUUGAAUAUUGAUGGGAAGAAUAUGAUUCGUAGCUUGUAAGUGCAGGAAGAAUCUAUGCUACAUUCUGUGGAUGAUACAAUUCAUUAUUGUGAAUAAAUAUACAUUACUAUUUUUUCAUCUUUAAUUAAGUUUUUUUAUUUCUGAAUUUUGUAAG